AUGAAACGGCUGGCCUGCUUAAACUUGCGCGCCUUUGGCCUGAGCAUAGCCUGUGUGGACAUAUUGAUAGCAGCUGGCACUCUCGCUCUGUGCAGCUAUCAUUUGUACAAUGAUUUUACGGAUCUCUCCCAAUGGCAAAAGGACGACGUGCAGAUUCUCAGUCCUUUCGGCGCAGAUGUGGCCACAUUGGUGGACUAUGUGUUGGUGCAUGAGUUCUCACAAGCCUUCUAUAUGAUACUAACGGUUACUGUUUGGAUCAAGGCUUUGAUUAAUCUGGUGGUGGCCUGCAUAUUAGUGCAAGGCAUCAAAAAGCGACGUCUAAUUUGUAUUGCCCCAUGGUUAAUCAAUACUGGCGUAUCGAUGGUCAUUGAGAUUGCCAUAUUCGUGUGUCUGGAGAUGAAAAUAGACGAAGUUGAUGCCUCGUUGGACAAACGCAUAGCACGCAGCGUGCUCUUUGGCGUCUUUACGGUGUUAAAUGCGCUCUUCAUCUAUGCCAUUUAUGCAUUGCAUCGCAUGCUGAAAGCAUCAACAAAUGAGAACCGAGCGCUGCAGGAGAGCAUUGUGGAGACCUCGGGUAUGUUUCAGCAUGUCAAGGUUUAA